AUGGUUCAGAACGAAGCCAACUUCAGCAUGAGCUUUGGUUGCGAAUGGUUUCUAAUAGAGACAUCCAUCAACCCCCACAUCAACCCCCACAUCAACCCCCACAUCAACCCCCACAUCAACACCCACAUCAACCCCCACAUCAACCCCCACAUCAACCCCCACAUCAACACCCACAUCAACCCCCACAUCAACCCCCACAUCAACACCCACAUCAACCCCCACAUCAACCCCCACAUCAACCCCCACAUCAACACCCACAUCAACCCCCACAUCAACCCCCACAUCCAGCCCCACAUCAACCCCCACGUCCUGCCCCACAUCAACCCCCAUGUCCAGCCCCACAUCCAGCCCCACUUCCAGCCCCACAUCCUGCCCCGUAUCCAGCCCCACAUCCAGCCCUACGUCCAGCCCCACGUCCAGCCCCACGUCCAGCCCCACGUCCAGCCUCAUGUCCAGCCCCACAUCCAGCCCCACAUCCUGCCCCAUCCCCGCAUCCAGCCCCACAUCCAGCCCCACAUCCUGCCCCACGUCCAGCCUCAUGUCCAGCCCCACAUCCUGCCCCAUGUCCAGCCCCACUUCCAGCCCCACAUCCUGCCCCGCAUCCAGCCCCGCAUCCAGCCCCACAUCCAGCCCCAUGUCCAGCCCCACUUCCAGCCCCACAUCCAGCCCCUAUCCUGCCCCACGUCCAGCCCCACGUCCAGCCUCAUGUCCAGCCCCACAUCCUGCCCCAUGUCCAGCCCCACCCAUACAUGUUGCUGA